UUUUGACGAAGGAUGGGGGUGUUGGAAAUCCUCAAAAUCAAAAAACAUUUUGCCCAAUCUUGUGAUUACUAAUUGUGAUAUGCAAAAAUAGUAGGAACACUAGUCCCAGUGCCACUACAGGGAUGGCAGUGCAACCCAGUGAUUAUACCGAUUUUCCGCCCGAGAUAAUACUGAAGCCAUUGGCGCUGAUCGGGCUCUCGGGAUUGGAUGCAGUGAACAAUGCGGUGCACAAGGAGAUAUGGGACGCGUUCUCCAACAACAGGCGGCCCGACCGAGCCGCGGUGCGCUUCAAGCUGCUCAACAACACCUUCGAGUUCCCCGUAGUGAAACCCAAAAGAAACUCGUACGAAUGGUACAUUCCCAAGGGAAUUCUGAAGAAGAACUGGAUUCACAAACGAACAUCCCUGAUUCCCGCGGUCGUCGUACUGUUUUAUGACAUGGAAUGGAACGAUCCGCAGUGGAACGAGAAGAUAAUAGAAUGCGCGUCGAAGGUGCAGUCCAUACGAGCCGCGGUGGAGGGGCACGCCACGCGCGUGUGUGUGGUGGUGCUGCAGGGCGGGCAGGCGCCGCCGCCCUCCGAGUACAUGCUGGGCGCCGAGCGCGCGCAGGCGCUCUGCUCCGCGUGCGAAAUACAAUCCAAGUCUCUGUUCGUUCUUCCCCACAGUGAUCACCUCAUGGGUUACAUUAUUCGCUUGGAGAAUGCUUUUUAUGAUAUCGCUCAAAAUUACUAUCAUCACGAAACGAAGAACAUCAAGCAGCACAGGGAUCAUCUGAACAAAACGACGCAUCAGUAUUUGUUUGUGAGACACCAGUUUAAGUUGGGAUAUCUGAAUGAGUUAAAACAGGAUUUAAGUACAGCCCACAAACACUACAUGCACGCCUACAACAACCUGCUGGAGACCAGGACGGUGGACACCAAUAUGCACGAGGUGAGGACGGUCGCGGGGUACAUCAAUUACAAGCUCUGUAAGCUGCUCUUCGCUCUGAACUUGCCUCGGGAUGCGAUCGCCCAGCUCAAGUCCCACCUGGAAAGGUACAAGAGCAGGGUGGGUGCCACCGAGCUUCUCUUUGAGCACUAUGCGUGGAUCGCCCGGCAGUACAGUGCCUUUGGAGAACUUUUUGAUGAGGCCAUCAGGGCAGGUCUUCCAGGAAUUCAGUCGCAGCACCCGGGCUUUUACUACCAGUAUGCUGCACAGUUUACAGUCAAAAGAAGGCAGGCUAUGAGGUCAGUUUGUAGCGAGGCAACCAAAUAUCCUCCCCCUCCUGAUCCGAUGGAAGGUAUAGUAGAGUACUAUGGGCAGAGGCCGUGGCGCCCGGGACGCCUCAGCGCCGACCCGCAUGACCCUCAGAAGGAGCAGGCGGCUGUGCUGGCACUGCAGUACAAUGAGAGAGUGUUCAACCACUCAGCAAUGAUUAUUAGUUUUUUGGGCUGUGCUAUAUCUCAGUUUAAAACAUUUCAUUCUCCCAGAAUGAGAAAACAGUUAGUGGUUGAAAUGGCCAAUGAGUAUUACUAUUCAGCAGAUUAUGGAAAAGCAUUGACCCUGUUGAGUCAUAUGCUCUGGGAUUAUAGGAGAGAAAAAUGGUGGUUCUUAGCCUCACAUGUUCUGAACAGAGCAUUACAAAGUGCCUAUUUGUCAGCUAAAAUACAAGAUUAUGUGCAGCUCUCAAUAGAGGCACUAUCUAAGCAUAUCCAAGUGCCAAACAAAGACAAAAGCAGAAUAUUUAAAAACAUAAUGUCAGUACUUAACAUGAACAUACCUGGGCCAGAGCCAGAUGUCCCAGUCAAUUCACAGAACAAGGCACUGGAAAUAUGGCAGGCAGCUAUAGAAAAGGAUCCAUUUGUGAUAGUUGUGGACAUGGUUAACAUUUCCAGUUUUCUGGAAGUUAAACCAAAAUUCAAACAGCAAAGGUACAGGAUGGAUGAAAUAAUAGAAGUAGAAAUAUAUGUUAGAUUGACAUAUGAAACUGUUUUGGAAGCAAUAAAAGCCUUUAUCACCAUAUCCAGUGCCUCAGAGUCCAUUGAAAUUCCCAUUACUCAUGAUGGAAAUAACACAAUUACACUGGAAGGUGGUAAAGUUAAAAGGUUCUUGUGUCAUUUUAAACCAAACCCUCAUGAUAAUGGGUCAGAGUUACAUAUCAAGAAUGUAUCAUUCAUAUUAGGCUCUGAGAAGAAGAGGAAAAUCAUGAUGAAUUUCAAAAUCGAUGACAACAAAGCAAUAGAACCUGCUGUUCAUCCAGAACUCCUUCAUUUCAUUUUGAGCCCCAAAGCAGACUUUGAAUUUGAUUGUAUUGUGCCUUUGACUGCUGCCUCGAUUACACCAAGAGAAUGUAAAUUGUCUAUAAGUAUAAAUAAUUCUAGUCCUGCACUCCAGGGAGAGUGGUUUCCCACAACAUUCACCAUCACAAACAAUGAAAAUAGUCCAGUGUAUGAUGUCAAGUUUGCACUCUCUUUGUUGAGUUCUCCUGACAAUCCAAAUCCUGAGUCAGUUACAGAGUUAAGUCUGAAGGAAGGAGAGUCCCAAACACAGCCCCUUCAGAUAAAAGCAGGUGCUAUUCACAAGUAUUCUCAGCACUCCAUUUCAUUUUACCUAAAGACUAACAGAACAGCCACUGCAACAGUUCAAAUAAAAGUAUCAUACUUAAUAGAUCUUCCUGAAAUAUCAAAACUUGAAUGUGUUAAAGAUUUCACCACUAAAAUCACAGUUAUAAAACCUUUUGAAGUUUCCACUAACUUUGUAUCAAUGACUUUCAAGCCUGUUUCAAAAUGCUUUGUAGAUGAUCCUUUCAUAGUCAUGCCACAAAUAAAGAUCCUAAGCCCAUGGGAUUUAUUGAUUGUAGAUACAGAAUUAGAGCUAUUGGAUUGUUUCAAUUAUUCUGAUGAUACAAAACCACCAUCUUGUAUCAGUGACUUAGAGGUAGCUGAGAAGAAUAUAGCAUCAGAUGCAGUAUGCAUCCAAGCCAAGUACAAGCCUAACGAUACUCCCACCAGAGUGGGUCUAUACAAUAUUAAAUGGAGACGAAAAAAUAAUGGUGACGGUCACUGUGUGAUGAGUACCACCGCCUUGUCAGGGCUGCCAAUAGACGACUGUCCCAUUGCAAUUGAAGUCAAUUAUCCUGAAGUAGUGGAGGUUCAGACAUCUGUUCCCUUGAAGUGUACUUUGAUUGGAAAGACUAAUACCCCAAUAAGGCUGAGCCUGACGGUGGAGGGCACAGACUUCUACAUGUUCUCGGGGUACAAGAAGCUGGCUGUGACAGUCCCGCCCAAUGACCGAGUGGAGCUGUGCUACAACAUCCACCCACUGCUAACAGGGAACACCACCCCUCCCCGAUUAAAAGCCACGGUCUUGGGUGAUACUGCAAAUCAAGAUGUUAUAAGAGAAAUGUUUGAGAAAAUCUUUCCACAGAAUAUAUUUGUUAUGCCUAAGUACAAUAAAUAAAUUGUAUGAAGAAAUGUUAUUCCUUCUUAUAUUCAGAAUUGUAAAUAAUUAUGAACAAAAUGUAUAAGUUAUAUUGUAGAGUUACCUUGUAAUUAAUUUUAAUAAUAAAUUCAGUUAUUUGUUA